AGAAUGGGACAAAUGUGUAGCACUGGAGCUCCAGAAAUCUGAUUUUCCAGCAAUCUCCAACAAAACAAAACCACAUUUUUUGUAACACAACUCCGCCUCACGAGAAGUCAAGAAGACGGUACGACAAUGGCCGCCCUCAUCAGCGAAAACUUCAAGUUUGUGGCCCUCUUUUUCAAGAGCAAGGACGUGGUCCUCUUCAACGGGCUCAUCGCCCUAGGCACCGUGGCCAGCCAGACGGCCUACAACGUCUUCGCCUUCGACUGCCCCUGCUCCUCCGGGCGCAACUACCGCUACGGCCUGGCGGCCAUCGGAGUCCCAGCCCUGGUGCUCUUCCUCAUCGGCAUCAUCCUCAACAAGAACAUGUGGACCCUGGUGUCGGAGAUUCGGCUCCGGGCCUGCAGGAAGGUGUCGGUGGCGGCCACCUUCGCCCUGCUGGGCUCCAUCAUGGGUCGGGCUGCCGUCGCGCCCGUCACCUGGUCCGUGCUCUCUCUCCUGCGGGGAGAGGCCUACGUCUGCGCCCUCUGUGAGUUUGUGAACCCUUCCUCUCUGAAGGACUUCCCCCCGGGUUACGGACGAGUGGAACUGUCUGGGCUGCCCUGCCAGGCCGUCCCAACGGAAGUCCUCCCUUUCUGGCUGGAGAUUGAACGACGCCUGAAGUAUGAGUCUCAGCUCCUGGGCUGGGUUUUGGUGGCUGCGACCGCUGUUUCAGUUUUCUUACUGCUGUGCCUGAAACGUUGCUGCUCGCCCCUGGGCUACCAGCAGGAGGCGUACUGGUCCCAUUUCCGCUCCAGCGAACACCAGUUGUUCCAGCGCACUGCCGACGUCCACGCCAAAAUGCUGGCUGCUGAAAGCGUGAAAAGCUUCUUUGGCUUCGUGGCUCUGGACAACGAGGAGAAGGCGCAGCUCCAGGAUCACCAGGAAAACAAAAAUGUCAUACCGAGCUCUAUGUGGAACCAAAUCACAGGCGUCUACCUGUACAGAGAGAACAACGGCGACCCUCUUUAUAGUCGACUGAACAAAUGGUCCAACGUCCCGACGGCGAACAACACAGCUGCCAGGGACAAAGAGAUGGAAACGUUUGCCUGAGGCCGUCAGUGCCUUUUCUCUCUCAGCUGUCCUCGAGCAAUACGCACCCGUCUAUCCCUCUGUGUAUGCGUGUAUGCAUCAUCUCUUUCUGCCUCUUCUGAUGCUUCCGCAGUGACUCAGCGAUAGAGACGGAUAUAAAUGCCAAUCAUUUAUUCUCAUUUACAAUGCUGAAUCUAAAUCCCCUUUCUUAUAAAGUCGGAAGGUAAAAAUCCCACGAGAAACGAGGUAAUAAACA